UUCAAGCUCUACCGCAUGUAGGCAAUUCUUCUCAAAUUAAAACCUCGUCUGCUCAGUUUACAGCGCGGUUAAUUUUAUCAUCAGUGUUGUCACAUUUACUGCUGUUGUGAUUACAAGAAAUAUGAUUCGCUGAACGCGUAUCACAUGACCACCACCCUCGACUGGAGUUUUCACGACAGCUGAGAAGCUAUUAAUGCGUGUUUUUUUUUUUCACCUGUAACUUUGAUCCUUCUUAAUUCCUCAAAGGCCUAGUUUUGUAGAAUGGGAGAUAAGAAGAGUCCCACAAGGCCAAAGCGGCAGUCCAAGCCGUUCACCGACGAUGGGUACUGGGACUGCAGCGUGUGCACGUUCAGGAACAGCGCUGAGGCGUUCAAGUGCUUGAUGUGUGAUGUCAGAAAGGGGACGUCAACGCGAAAGCCACGACCCGUUUCUCAGCUUGUUGCACAGCAAGUAAAUCAACAGUUCGCAUCACCGACGCAUCCCAAAAAGGAGAAGAAAGAAAAGUCCGAGAAGGACAAAAGUGACAAAGAUACGAGACUGAAAAAGAAAAGCCAAAAGAGGAUGAGGCCCAGGUUAAAGAACAUAGACAGGAGUAGCGCCCAGCAUCUGGAAGUCACAGUUGGAGACUUGACUGUAAUUAUCACAGACUUUAAAGAGAAAGUUAAACCCACAUCUUCCUCAGCGAGCACCGCCUCAGCAGACCAGCACAGCCAAAGCGGCUCUAGCUCCGAUAACACUGAGCGAGGAGUCUCCAGAUGCUCCUCGCCCCACGGGGAGACUUCGUCAGUAAACGGAGAGACUCACUAACCCUCACACCCCCAGUCACCACGACACACUGACCUGCACUCAAAACAGUCUCAGUCAGAGAAUAAACUUCAUCAUGCACAUUUUUAUAUAUAUAAAACCUUAAAUGCCAAAAUGAUAGCAGUCACUUUUAUUUUAGAUAGUUUAUUUCACUGCCUUCCCCAUGUUUUACCCUACGUGGUCAAUUCCAAGCACUUCUGCCGCUAAAACUGUCACGAUGAACAGAAAAUAGGGCAGAAGCAUUUAAACCUGGAUGUCGGUGUGUAACCGCGCCAUGUUUCCUGGUGCUUCAGCAGUGUCACAUCAGCUUGACAAACUGGUGUUGGGCACUGCACAGACUAAAUAAUAGGUCAUGGAAGAAAUGUGAAGAAAUCAUCUCAGAAUAAUAGUUUAUUUUUUUUCUCAACAUUAUUUGCACUUGUUGCCAAUCCUGUGUUUGUAAGAAUUUUAGCAUUAUUUUCAUGUUGCCUUUAUAACACUGUUGGUUACCUGCCUUUUCCGGCACACAUUUUAUGCCAUUGAAUGCAAUAACUGUUUUACUGUCUAACAUUUGAGUACAGUUUUACUAAGCAAGCUUUGCCGUCAGUUGGUAGAGUCCAGCAUGAUUUAAUCUAUAGAAUGGUUUAUAUUGUAAAAUAUUGAAUAAAAUAAUUGUAGAUAUAUUAA